AAUUGAAACCAACCUUAAGCUUCUUUUAUCUCCACUCUAAAGGUAACCCUGAUUAUUGCUGACUUCAGCAUCGGAGUGUCUACCCCGAGAACCCACCUCGGGGCUUUGCAGGUACAUUCGUAGUGAAGAUGCGGACUGAAGAAGGAUUUCUGGUUUGGUGCAAUUACAUUGGCGCCGUCUGUGGGAACUCGAAUAAAAAGCUUUAUUUCUAUGUUGAUCCGGUUGGUCGGAGGGAAGAGAAGAUGAGUGAAAGGCUCAUGGCUGAUUCUUUUGAGUCGCAAAAAGCUCAAACACGAGCUAUCGAGGUCAACCAUGAGCUGCAAAGGUUGAGCAUGAAGUGUAGAGCUCCAAACGAGCUGCCGAGCUCAAACACGAGCUGCAAAGGUCAAGCACGAAGUGCAGGGGUUGAGAAUGAGCUGCAGAGCUCAAACACAAGCUACAUAGCUCAACCACGAACUGCAGAGCUCAAACACAAGCUGCAGAGCUCAAGCACGAGCUGCAAAGGUCGAGCACGAAGUGCAGGGGUUGAGAAUGAGCUACAAAGCUCAAACACAAGCUGCAGAGCUCAAGCACGAGCUGCAGAGGUCGAGCACGAAAUGCAGGGGUUGAGAAUGAACUACAAAGCUCAAACACAAGCUGUAGAGCUCAAGCAUGAGCUGCAGAGGGGUCGAACACGAAGCGCAGAACUCAAGCACGAGCUGCAGAGGUCAAACACUUACUGCCAAGGUCAGCCACGAGCUGCAGAGGCCGAGCAUGAAGUGCAGAACUUGAACACGAGGUGCAGAGGACGAGCAUGAGUUGGAGGAUGUGCAGCACGACCUGUAAGGUGCCAACACCCUAAACAAGGUGCCGACACCUUUCCUGCAUCUGUCCUCAAGAGUCCGUGUCGGGUUUUAGUCCGUGUCGGGUUUUUGUCCUUCUCUGCAAAUUUUGUUAACGAUAAAAUUACAAUCCCGAC